AUGCUGUCGCCCAGGGCCACACUCGCGAUGGACCUGCGGGGCUGGGGUCUUUCGAGCCCCACCCACCCAGGGGAGCCCGGAAAUAGGAGCUCGGUGGUAUCUGGGGUCGCUCAGCCACAGAAUGAAGCAGUCGAGACUGCGCCCGAGACGCAAGAGGAGCUCGUGCGCCUAUACGGCCCCGAUGUCGGCGACCACUUUGCCGACCAGCCGCCGGCGAUCCACGCACCGCUUCCGACCAGCACAAUAGAGACGUGGAUCGAGCGGGAGAGCGCACAGCGGGUAUCGAGUUUGGACCUGUACGUGCACCUCCACCGCUCCACCGCGACGCUCGGCGGCGCCCCGAACGCCACGCCGUCGCCCGCCACGGCGCUCGCGGCGCCGACCCUGUCGCUGGACCCGGCGACGCGCACCGCACUACAGCUGCCGGGGCCGACGCACACGCUCGCGAUCGCAUGCGAUUGCGCCGCGCCGCGCGCGCGCCUCGACCUGUACGUAGUGGGCGCCCACCGCACCGGUGCGGUGGGUGUGCCACCGGUGCGUUCGUCGGGAGGCGCGCCGCACCCUGUGGGGUGGUGCAUAUCGUCGUGCGAUGUGGUGCACGGCUUUGAGAUGCGCGUCGUUCUCCCUCUUGUUCUGGAUGGCGCGUGGGCGAACGACCUAGACGACGGCCCGAUCGAGCUUGCGUUAAUCAUCGAGGCCCUCGACGAGGACGGCCAGGCGCUUGCCGAGCCCAACGCGCAGACCAUGCGCUUCUUUGCAGAGCCGCGCGACGGUACGUGGCGCCUGCGCAACGGCGCGCAGUCGAUCUAUAUUUCCGGCUUUGCUAUGCAGCUGCACCAGCUCUUUGGUAUGAGCGCGCACCAAGAGCACGGCGCGCACCCCGACGAGAGCGCCGGCGACGCAUCUACCGCGCCGAUGCUCGCAGACCCCGAUCUGGGCAGCGAUGCGACCGAGUGCCCGAUUUGUAUGACGCUUGCGCCAACGACCGUGCUGCUCCCCUGCACGCACGCCCUGUGCCUGGAGUGCGCGGUGCGUGUGCGCGACAGUGUGCAAAAGUCGCGCGCACACGACCGAGCGCAUGGGCGCGUGCCGCGGCUGCGGUACGCGUGCCCCAUCUGCCGUGCCACGAUCCAAUCGAUGCUCGCCUUGUCCCGUUGA